AACUACAGCAACUGUAACAGCCCAGCAGCUAGACCGACCAUACAUAAGCAGUUAAUUCUGUGUUUAUGUUGUUUGUUUGGCUAUUUGUAUGUCUGUCUGUCUAGCUGUGGCAAAGUGUUUAUUUUUUUGCUCUCACACUAUGUCGAGGUGAGACACACAACGGUAGUGUGAUUUUAUUAACGGUCUGUUGUUUGCACAGUCUGUCGGUCGUUUGGUCGUUCGUUUGUAUUCCAUUGAAUCCUCGGUCUACGUGCGCGGGCGAGUGCGAGAGUGUGUGCGUGCGUGUAUUGCGAGUGUGGUGUAUCUGCAUAGAAAUGUUCUUAAUUCGUCUUAACUUAAGUUCGUUUCGUAAAUAAUCAUGGAUUAGUAGUUAACUAAGCAGCAGCAACCACAAAAAACAAAAAACAGAAGUCAGCAGCAAAAGUUAAUGCAUAAUCAAAUCAAAUAAAAAUAAAUAUUAUCAUUACUGUUAUUAUUAUUGAAAAAAAAGAAAAAAUAAAUAAAUUUAAUCUACACCAAAUGUAGACUUAUGUAAAUAGUUAAAUAAAACAAGAGCAACAACAGCCACUAUACAUCAACCAAAAAGAAAAAUAAAUAAUCAAUGUAAAAGCACCUUAGCCCACCCCUCCCCAAGAACAAAACAAACAACAAUAACAACAACCCCAAAAGGAAACAAUGCGGCAAUGCAACAGCAUCGAGUGAGAAUCGGAAAUUCAAAAAACAGUUCGAAAUCAGUUCUAUUUGAAAAGGGUAGCGUGUGCCACGUCAGGUUACUUACUACCCAUCAUACAUGCAUCGCCCAGCCCCUCUUUCAUGCCCAUUUUGAAUUGUGAUCGCACUCUUUACAUACGACUACAUUGUAGAACAUAUGUCUACGCGUGUGGGUGAGCAAAAUAAGCCAGCACAUACACCACUCGAUUCUAUUGAGGCAGACAAAUUGUAAGAUUUAUUGAAAAAAAAAACCCCUUAGGAAGGCGAAAUGAAUGAAUGAAAUCUAUCGUUUUGCUCGAAUUCCUCUUUGCGAAUGCAGCGUAAAAACGCGGGUGGUGGCGUCGAAUUGGCAUCAACCACGGUGGUGUUCAAACUGAAAUUGAACACGCCCAACAACACGAGGUGUUAUAACACGGCGGCGGCAGCGGCAGCGGCAAAGACGGCCAAGCGUAAAUUAGUCGGAAGCAAUUUCGAUAUAUCCGAGAGAAAUCGUAACGAAAAAUCGCCAAUUGGUGGCAGCAGCAGUGUUAGUAGUGGUGGUGGCCUAUGAAAUUGAAUUGGGCUGCCAUAGAUCCAUAGGACCGAACAAAAAAAGUUACACUCCAACUGCAAGCAGAGACAAAUGAAAACGUCUUCGGUUACAAGCCCAACUAAUUUCGACUACUCAAGUCGCCCUGAGCAGGAGGGUGAACAGCAGCAUUUGAUACAACUGCAUCAGCGGGGCGAGUCCCACUCAGAGCCUGAGGCGCAACAGCAGUUCGACGAAGACAACGAACAAUUGUACUACGGUGCAACAUUGUCUUCUACGCAAAUAACAACAAAUAGCGUUGAAGAUUUGACCCAACAAGGACGACAGCCACGUGGCGGAGAGGCAAGAUCGUUAAUAGUCUAUCCUAAUAAAAGACAAUUGGCAACACCCUCAUCGGUUGAUGAGUACGCCAGACAAUCACAAUUUGCUGGCAACCCUAUCAAGAGCACCGUUAUUGCCGCUGCCGAUAGUGAAAGUGAUAAUAGCGAGAAGAGGCUUCGCUACAGAACAAAAGAACAACAACACGCGGUCAUUUACAUAGAUGACCAUAGCGUAACUGAAUUGAGCCGUAGUGACACAUACUCCACGUCAGCCAACUCCGCAAGUAACAUCCGUUACUCUUCUAAAUCGAACAGAAACAAAUAUCAGCAGCAACAACCGCAGCAGCAGCAGCAGCAGCAGCAACCUCUGACAAAUUCAUCUACAAAGCGCAAGCGAGAAAUAACAACAGAGUGCGAUUGUGGCUGUUUGGAUUCGGCCUCAAAUUUGGUGGUGAAUAGCAGCGGUGGCAACAAACCAUAUAGCAACUACAACAAUAGCAGGGCUGGAAGCAAAAACGGCAAUAGGAAAGAGUCGGCAACGACUGGUAAGGAAAUCAGUGUUGGGGUCAUAAGCAGCAGCACCAACGUGGCGUCCUCGGCGGUGGCCAGUAACAGCCUCAAAACGGCUCAUACCAAAGUGGCUACAUCGGGGGGGCACGCAAACACGCAGCCCCCCAGUAAGCGUUCCAGCAGUGGUGCUGACGGCGAUUAUCAACUGGUCCAACAUGAAGUACUCUAUUCCCUAUCUGCAGAAUAUGAGGUUUUGGAAUUUUUGGGUCGUGGCACAUUUGGUCAAGUGGUAAAAUGUUGGAAACGUGGUACCUCGGAAAUUGUUGCUAUAAAAAUUCUUAAAAAUCACCCCUCAUAUGCGCGCCAAGGCCAAAUUGAAGUGUCGAUAUUGUCGCGGCUAAGUCAAGAGAAUGCCGACGAAUUCAAUUUUGUGCGUGCUUUCGAGUGCUUUCAGCACAAGAAUCAUACGUGUCUGGUGUUCGAGAUGCUCGAACAGAAUUUGUAUGACUUCUUGAAACAAAAUAAGUUUUCACCAUUACCUCUCAAGUAUAUCAGACCAAUAUUGGAACAGGUUUUAACAGCUUUAUUGAAACUAAAGCAAUUAGGUUUAAUACACGCCGACUUGAAACCUGAAAACAUCAUGUUGGUAGAUCCCGUAAGACAGCCCUAUAGAGUUAAAGUCAUUGAUUUUGGCAGCGCUUCACAUGUCAGUAAAACCGUCUGCAACACCUAUUUGCAAUCACGCUAUUACCGAGCUCCAGAAAUCAUAUUAGGCCUGCCCUUCUGCGAGGCAAUAGACAUGUGGUCGCUGGGCUGUGUGGUUGCCGAAUUAUUUUUAGGUUGGCCUUUGUAUCCUGGCUCAUCAGAAUUUGACCAGAUCAGAUACAUAUCACAAACUCAAGGUUUACCUACUGAACAUAUGCUGAAUAGCGCAUCAAAGACAUCGAAAUUCUUUUAUCGCGAUACGGACUCAACGUAUCCCUUCUGGCGUCUAAAGACUAUCGAAGAGCAUGAGGCUGAGACGAAUACCAAAAGUAAAGAGGCGCGCAAAUACAUUUUCAACUGCCUGGAUGACAUUGGCCAGGUUAAUGUGCCCACCGAUCUCGAGGGUGGCCAAUUGUUGGCCGAAAAGACAGACCGCCGUGAAUUUAUCGAUUUGCUGAAACGCAUGUUAACCAUAGACCAAGAGAGACGACUAACACCAGCCGAAGCCUUAAAUCAUUCAUUUACACGCCUCACCCACCUGGUGGACUAUGUGUAUUGCAACAAUGUCAAGGCCUCUGUACAAAUGAUGGAAGUCUGUCGAAGGGGAGAUUACCAUCCAGUGCAACCAACAUCGACCCUGGUGACAAAUUUCGUGCCCAGUACCACGGAAAAUAUGACCUUCACCAUAAAUAACCAAUUGACAAGUCAGGUUCAACGUCUGGUACGCGAACGACCGCUGGCUUAUGAGGGUCUUUAUCAAAUCUAUGGCGGACGCAAUGUGGGCCGCCAAUAUGCACAGGGUCGCACAGAUACGUUCCAACAUCAGUUGGUAUCGAAUAUCCUAUGCCCGCCCUCCUAUCAGGCAAUGCCCAGCCCCACGAAACAUGUUGUGGUUGGCAGUGCAACCAUGCAACCACCUUUGCAGGUUCUUUCACAGCAAUAUGUCAAUGUUCCCGUACCGGUGUCGAUGGUAGAGCCAACAUCUGGUCAAAGGAUGCUGCUUACCAAUCGCGUACAGCCUAGUGGGGUGGCAUGGCCACAGACAGGACGCCAAAUGGCCCUAGUGCCAUCGUGGCCACAGCAGGCGCCGGCUCACUCGCUAAUUGUGGAUCCAGCACCAUUCUUAAACGUUGAGGAAAUCUACCCGAAACAUUUGAAUAUACCUCGUAAUGAUCUCAAAAAGGAAUCGCCCGUUCAUCAUUUGGUAAGCAAAGGCAACUCCUAUCGUGUACCACGACAUGACAAGAAGGAGAAUCAACAAUUGUCACCGGUCAAGAAGCGUGUAAAGGAGAGUUCUCCGCCCCACCAACAGCGCUACAAUCGUGCAUCACAUGUAUCUCCGCAGUUUCAUAACAACCAUCAUAACUGUAAUUAUGGUAGUAGCAGCAGCAGCAACUACAGUGGUCAAGCGAUUGGCGGAGCAGUGGUUACUUCCGCUUCAUCCAGCAACAUUGCCAGCGCCAGUGGCAGUGGUCACCAUCAUCAUGGCUCAUCGUCCAAUCAACCGCAUGUGAUUAGCACAAAUCCAGUCUAUGGCAGCAGCGGUAGCCAUCAUAUUAUCAACAACUGUGGUGGCGUUGGUGCUUCUUCGGGCAACAAUAGUGGCGGUGGAUACCACCAUCACUCGUCAUCGUCGUCCUCGUCUGGAGGGGGCCAACAUCACAUUUCGUCACAUCAUGCGCAGCAACCUCAACACGCGCAUCAACAUCAUGGGGCCAUUGUUAAACAGCAAACGAUAACCAUACACGAUACACCGUCACCGUCGGCCGUUAUAACUAUAUCGGAUAGUGAAGAUGAAGGCAACGAUGUUCCGGCAACAGCACCUUCGUCCAAUGCAGCCCCUGUCAAGCAAAGAGCGCAUGCCCAAUCACAGACAACAUCCUCAAUGUUGCAACACUCGGCAUCCUCAUCGUCGUUGGGUGGUUGUCGCAACAGUGGUCACCAACAUGUCCACUCGCAUCAACCCAGCCAGAGCCAGAGCCAUCAGCAUCAGCAACAGCCACAACAACAAAUGCACCAUCAACAACAACAGACAUAUGCAACUAAUGCAAAUCCAAAUAAAUUUCAACAAUAUCAACAAGCGAUGAACAUUACACAUCCGUCACAGUCGCAGCAGCAGCAGCAGCAGCAUCAACAACAACCGCAGCAGCAGCAGCAGCAGCAACAAUUACAACAACAAACGCAACACCAUCAUCAAUCGCAGCAACAUCAAAUGCCACAAAAUGUUGCUGCCACUAAGAGUGCGGCGAAUAAUUCAAGUGACAAUGACCACGAAGAGAUGCGUAGACGCAAUCCCAAUAAUGGAGGCAACAGCAGCAGCAGUGGCACGAACUCCCUCCAUGCAGGGAGCAAUAGCCCCAAACAGCACCAAAAUCAUCACCAACAUCAGCAGCCAACGCCUACUUAUCCGGCAACAACUAGUGUCAAAUACGAGCCUGGCCAAUCGCAGAAAAAACGCAUUCUGGCUAUGGCGCAGAACGAAUGCUACAUGCCGUCGUCACACUCUAGCACCAACAGCAGUUCCCAGACUCAAUCUCAAUCUACCAACAGUUUACCGCAUCUUCCCACCAAACAGGAACCGGUCGAAUUCUACGAAUAUCCACCACAACAACAACAGCAAAUGGAAAAUAAACGUUCCUCGUGGGCUGCUACCUCGUGCGGUAGUUCCUCGCAACACCAGUCAUCGGCUGUUCCUCCCUUGGCGCAUCAUAAGCGAGAGGCGCCAUCGGCAGCACCGCCUUCUUCAGCUGGUGCUUAUGUUCAACAGCCUUCAUCAUCGGGUGCGUCGGGCGUUCAUCCGCCAAUGGCCCAUUCGAAGAGUUCAUCAUCGUCAUCGUCUACAGCUGCUAAAGCAGCCGCCGUUGGUCCCCCAUCAUGGGGUGCUGCUCAAGUGUAUCGACAGCCUUCGCAAUCUUCUCAAUUGCAGCAGCAACAAUCGUCUGGUGGAAACCAAUCACAGUCGCAUCAGACCAACAACACAACGCCGAUAGGAAGUUCCCCAUCUUCGGUAGCCGCAGCAGCAGCGAUUUUACAACAAGAUAUUUAUGCUGCCGCAGCUGUCCAGGGUGAUAUGUAUCGUCGUCCGACUGUAUUUGUUUCACAAGCAGCUCCAACAUAUGCCUAUAACCGAGCAGUGGUCGCUCCGCCACCAGCCCAUAACAGUUCGAGCCGUCAGGUUAUACCAUCUCAUCCAUUGCCCGCUCACAUCCAAUUUCCAACACAGUACAGCCAAUUUCCUCCCCUCAGUCCAGCCCAGGUAGCCGCCAGCAAACAUGCACAUUACGCACCGACGAAUAUAUGGUAUGGGGGCGAAUAAACACUGAUUUAAACAUAACGAAUCGUUCAUGCAUGAUUGCAAGCAGCUAACAUCCUUAGAUACAGCUCCCAAUGCCGCAAACGAGAAAUCGCCAUUUGGAAGUUUUGAACUAAACGACAACGAACAACAAACCCAGCACAGGCACAUUGGUAAUUGCAAUAGGACUUCGUUGACGUUAACCACCACAACAACGGCGGCUACAACAACAGCUGCUGCGGUUGAACCAUCACUAUCCCCCAAUGUGCAGGAUAUUCAAAGUUCGCAUUUGAACCAGUGGUGGUUGCUAAUGAUGCAACAGACCAUCUUUAAUAUACAUACACAACAACAGCAGAGCUACAUACCAAUUAUGCACAAUUAUUUUGCCACUGAUGACAAGACAAUGGCGACAACCUCAUCCUCAUCCACAGCAGCCUAUGGUUCCGUUGUCUCGGACAUCAUGCAAACCUCUAGUUCGAUAAACAAGCCAAGUAGUAAUACCACAACCACCGCAACUACCACAGAAGAAAGGCAGUCGGGCAGUCGUCAAAACUGCCAUAUGGCGAAAUUUGAUUUCCUAACAAGUAAUUUAUGCCAGUUCUACAAAAUCUUCAAGGAGCACAAACUGCUGCAUCAGAAGCAACAGCGUGCGCGUACAAAACGUGCACGCUUGUGAAGGAUUCGCUUACCCAUUAAACUUUGUCAUAUAUAUAUAUAUAUAUAUAUAUAUAUAUAGAUUAUUAUUUUGAUGUGUGUGGGUUAGCGAACCCCAUUUCACAUCAUCAUUGUCGUGGUCGUCCCCAUUAGGCAUGCAGGAAAAAAAAACAACAAUUUUUUUACAAUUAAGAAUCAUUUUAACGACAACAGCAACAAUUAUUAUUACAAAUAUUUUAUUAAUUAUUGUGUUAAAAGAUAAAAAAAAAACAACAAAAACUUAGUAAAACUUGAGAGGAAAGACAUUAUGAAUGGUGUCUUUCCGUUAUGUGUUAACGUCAACCACUACCACCUUCCUCCCUCCCUCCCUCCCCCUUCCUUCCUAUCUCACCAAUGCAAACACACACUUCCCUUUAACAAUUAUACAAUAUCUAUAUUGCUUGUAAAUAUUUAUUCUGAAUACACGUGUAGAUCUAAAUGAACCAACUAACCAAAUCCAACCAACUAACAAAAAGAAACAAACAACAAAAGUCCCUUCAUUUUGUAGGGGCAACAAAUCACUUUUUUUAUAUGUAGAAUUUAAGCUGAAAAACAAAACAAAACAAAAAAGAAACAAACAAAAACACAAAAUAUCGAAGAAAAGCUUAAUUGAUUUUCUAAACUGGAUCAACGUUUAUAGGAAGGAGAAAGUUAAAUCCACAUUUACACUUGAAUGGUGUAAUCUUUAGUCUUUAGCCCCUCUAUCCCCAUAAGGGCUACCAAAUGGUCAAAUGAGAAUAUUUAAACUCUAAAUGCAAUAAUUUUGGCUUUCUAGCGAAAAGGAACUGUAAUUUCCGAAAUGUUAGCAUUAAGCCCAUUUAGAUUCUCUCCAGUUGCAUGCCUAUAUACCUCGUUUUAAUCUUUUUAUUUCUUAUUUUAUAUGCCUAUUUAUGAUUGGCUUUUUUUAUGUGUUCUGGAGUGGGAUAGUUUAUUUUUAUACUUAUACUAGGUCAUAUAAUUUUACAAAAUCAUGACAUCAGUUUCAUAUACUAAACAACAUUUCAAUUCAAAAUGCUGAGAAUUUCAUGAUGUUGACUUAAAGCUUCCAUUUUAUUUGGAUCUUGAGAAAUUUAAACUAAAAUCACUGUAGGCUGUUUUCUAUUCUCUUGCCUAAAGGUGAGUCACCCUUUUAAAGUGAGGCAAGGGUUAAUAGCAACUUUUGCCGCGAUGAAAUCUUUUAUUGUUGGUGUCGUGUGGUCAAUUAAUUUUAAAUGAAAAGUCAUUUCACAUUGUUUUUGGCAAUGUGCUAAGGAAUGGAAAAUACCUGUUCGCAAUUACAGGCAAAAUUUCAUUUAUUUUGUUGUUAUUGAUCAACCAUCGCCCAUCUGGCCUUUACAUUGAUAGAUUGCAAACCAUACAAAUGUUUGGUCUCAGCUAUAUAUUUAACUGAGAAAAAUCUCAGUUAGUUAAAACUUCGAGCUGCUCUAUAGCACAACUGAAAUAGAAAUUGUUAUUAUUUUACCCAAUUGAUAGCGAUGGUGAUGGUGUUUGCCAGCGUGGCAGCGAGAAAAAUAAACCAAUCAAAUUAAGAAUUGAAGCUAGAAAAUUGUUCUUAAAAUUUGAUUGUAGAUAUAUCGCCGUUCGCUCCUAUAGUUUUCUACAAGUGUUGCACACCUAUGGCCCAAUUUCAAUUUGUUUAUCAUUUUUUGUUUGUUGCUUUAUGUGCAAUAUCUCCUCAACAGCCUAGAGCUAGUCUAUCCAAUUCACAGUGAAAAUACUUGACAAUAGGUCUGCUGCCGCCUGUUCCAAUGGCGAUAGCCCUUCACCUGUGUUCUUAAGGUUCUUUAUAUUGCGUCAUUUUGAAACUUUUCUCUGGAAAGUACUACUUUAAAAUUUAAAAAUCAAUUUGCCACUUGGUAAAUAUUGGGACCACUCUGGAUAGAUUAAACCCCAAUAAUAUUUUCUCCCCUUGCAAACUUCUUAGUGAAUGUUUUAAAGACUUGCUCGCCGCCUUAGUGUUUCUUUCCGGAAAUUACAGUUCCGCAAAUGCAAUAGAAGCAUUUUUUGUUAAGGCUAUAUGGAAUAUUUUUAAAGUGUUGGCGUUUCAAAAUUCCUUAUCUAUAAGAGAUAAUUUAAAACGCGACCAACUCUGUUUUUUUUUUAUAUAUCGAAGUAUAGUAAGUGUAUUACGCUGAAUGCAAGAAUAUGAGUAAUUACAAUGUAAGCAUUCGCUUUACACACACAAUCCACACUUGUAUUCUCAUUCACUCAUAGAAGAAACAAGACACUCACACACACACACACACACACAAUAUUCCAAACUGAUAGACUCCACUUCCUUAAAACAAUACAAACUAGAGUUAAGGGUACCUUAUGAGCAAAAAAAAAAAAAAAUAAAUAAAUAAAAAAUGUGUUUUUGAAUAACUAAAGCAGAAAAUCCAAAAAUAUUUGUGUAUAGAAAAAAAAACUUGAUGGCAAUUGCACACAAACACACA